CACACACUCAGACACACAUUCACUCACUCACUCACACACACUCACUCACACACACACACACACACACAUAUAGACACACACACCCUCACGGAGCGGGGACUGCGGAGCUGCGUGUCCGGACCGGAGGACUGAUGAGCGGCAGACGAUGGGACGUCACGUGUCUCUGAACAAACUGUGUUAACUGAAGGAAACUGAAGCGUCUCUGACAGCUCGAGCACGACGAGUUAACCAAUCAGACUCGCUGAAGGUAGCUGAAGGGGUCAAAGGUCAUCAUGCAGAGUAUAAAGUGUGUGGUUGUGGGUGACGGAGCUGUGGGGAAGACUUGCCUCCUCAUCUCCUACACCACUGGAGCUUUUCCCAAAGAGUACAUCCCCACUGUGUUCGACAACUACAGCAGUCAGGUGACGGUGGACGGCAGGGUGGUCAGUCUGAACCUGUGGGACACGGCGGGUCAGGAGGAGUACGACCGGCUGAGGACGCUGUCCUACCCGCAGACCAACAUCUUCAUCAUCUGCUUCUCCAUCUCGAGCCCCGCCUCCUACGAGAACGUCAAACACAAGUGGCAUCCUGAGGUGUCUCACCAUUGUCCCGGCGUUCCCAUCCUCCUGGUCGGCACUAAGAGCGACCUGCGGAACGACGGCGAGACUCAGAGGAAGCUGAAGGAGCAGAACCAGGUUCCCGUCACCCACCAGCAGGGAUCCGCCCUCGCCCGCCAGAUCCACGCCGUCCGCUACCUGGAGUGCUCGGCCCUGAACCAGGACGGCAUCAAAGACGUGUUCGUGGAGGCGGUGAGGUCCUUCCUCAACCCGCAGCCCGUCGUCAGCAAGAAGCCGUGCGUGCUGCUGUGAGGACGGAGCAGAAACACUGAAGGGCUGAUGACUGCCUGAGAGACUGUUUGUUCACAUGUGCUUUUCAUUUUUAAAUGUUUGGUUAGAUUUUUAUCUUUUUAUCUUAUCUUAAAGUGGCUCCGAUGUUCCUGUUGGAGAAAGAUGAUUUUUGGUCCGACAGACGUCGAGUUUUAAAUGAGACCGACGUCACUUCACUGAUGUGAUUUAAAUGUUUUUAAAGAUUAAAGUUAAAUGUUAAACUCUGCUCACUGAGA